AUGACGCCUCUAGAAAAGAGGCUCCUGGACAUGGGCCCGAUUAGGGAGGAUGGAAGCGACAAGUUUUAUGGCAUGGAGAAUUAUGGAAAUACCUGUUACUGUAAUUCGAUAUUGCAAUGUCUUUACUACUCAGUUCCUUUUCGCGAAGCGGUAAUCAACUACCCUACGAGGACGCCGAUAGAGAGUUUGGAAGCAGCGUUAGCGAAGAGUCUCCGUUAUCCAAACCCGAACGCGCAGCUGGAAGCGGAAGCUCAAGCUGAGAAGCAGAAAGCUGCCAAUGCUCAGCGACCUGGCAUGCCGCCAAAUCCGCAGCAGAAGCCCGAGGACAAGGACUCGCCGGAAUAUAAGAAGAAGAUGGCACUGCAGACCCUCCCUCUUCUGGAAACACAGAACAACGCCGCAAGCUACGGCAUGUCUGAAUCACUCUUUACAUCUUUGAAGGACAUUUUCGAGUCCGUCGUUGGGAGUCAGUCCCGCAUCGGCAUUAUACGUCCGCAACAGUUCUUGGAGGUCCUCAGGCGAGACCACGAAAUGUUCCGGACGGCCAUGCAUCAAGAUGCGCAUGAAUUUUUGAACCUACUACUCAACGAAGUUGUCGCUAACGUCGAAGCCGAGGCUUCCAAACAGCCUCUUAUGGAGAAAAGCCUUCCUGCGCCAGAGACUGCUGACUCCGUGGAUCAGUCGUCGAGUACCGGCUCGAAGACCCCCAAUACUACUCGUUGGGUUCACGAACUAUUCGAAGGUCUCUUGACCUCAGAAACGCAGUGCCUUACAUGCGAAAAGGUGUCUCAGCGUGACGAAGUGUUCUUGGACCUUUCCGUGGAUUUGGAGCAACAUUCAUCGGUCACAUCUUGCUUGAGGAAAUUUUCCGCGGAGGAGAUGCUCUGUGAACGAAAUAAAUUCCACUGUGACAACUGUGGUGGUCUUCAAGAGGCUGAAAAGAGGAUGAAAAUUAAACGCUUGCCGCGCAUCCUAGCAUUACACCUGAAACGGUUCAAAUACACAGAGGACCUUCAGAGACUGCAGAAACUUUUUCAUCGAGUGGUUUAUCCAUAUCAUCUCCGUCUGUUCAAUACGACCGAUGAUGCCGAAGACCCCGAUCGCCUCUAUGAGUUGUAUGCGGUUGUGGUGCAUAUUGGUGGUGGGCCAUAUCACGGACACUAUGUUGCAAUCAUCAAGACUGAAGAUCGAGGAUGGCUACUUUUCGAUGACGAGAUGGUCGAGCCGGUGGACAAGAACUAUGUCAAAAACUUUUUUGGCGAUAAGCCGGGUCUAGCAUGUGCUUAUGUUCUUUUCUACCAGGAGACCACCCUUGAGGCUGUCUUGAAGGAACAGGAACAAGAAAAUAUGGACUCGAACCUGGCCGCUACCGACGCAAAUGACACUAUCUUGAAGCAGAACGGGUUCCCUCAGUCGCCUUUGGCCCACGUGCACAGCGCUUCUCAGAUCCCUUCUCACGAAGAUAACCUCCGACCGAAUGGCCUCAGGCGAGCCCCUACCGCGCCUCAGCUUUCUACUCACCACGAGCAUGGAGACCCCGAGAGCACUCCUUUCAGUCCGCUUUCUCCGCUUUCUCCGGUCCCUCCUGUCCCUCCCAUUCCCGAGAGGGUCGCCACAGUUGCAACCCCACCAAAGAAUGAUGCGCUGGCCAAGAGGGAAGAAAAGGAACGAAAGGCGGCUGAGAAGGAAAAAGAAAAGGCUGAAAAGCUGCGCCGCAAGGAACAGGGAGCAAGAAUGAAGGAAAACCAACGCCGUGAGGAAGCCGAGCUAAAAGCCGCUCUAGAAAUGAGCAAAGCGUCCAAGGCCGAGGAAGACCGUCGCCUUAGCACUGAAAACGGCAAGGAGAAACAAGGUGGUGGUCUGAGCCGACUGAAACGGGGCAGCAAAAGCUUGAGCCACAGGCUCGGCAAGGACAAAGAGACGCGGAGUGUGUCGUCGGAUCUCCCGCCUGUACCGAUCCCGGAGCAUUCAACCCUUUCGCAAAGUGGGCCGACAUCAGAGCAGCAACAGCAACAACGACAACAAUCACCUCCAAAUCACGACCAGCCACCGAAUUCACCCCAGCCCGGCAAGCCUACGAUAAGAGAGGACGAGCAAGUGAACCACAAAGACUCCAAACAUGAACGUACCGGACAUGGAAAAUGGAGAAGUUUCAGCCUCAGAAAGAAGUCGUUCAGCAUUCUGUCAUAG